AUGGCAUGGCGGGCGAGCCUGUCUCGGAGCGUGAAGGAGAUCCGCGUCCUCUUCUGCCAGUCCUCACCGGCCAGCGCCGCUGCCCGGGAGUUCGUGAAGAAGAACUAUGGUGACAUCAAGGCCCGCAACCCCUCCCUCCCCUUCCUUGUCCGCGAGUGCUCCGGUGUCCAGCCUCAGCUCUGGGCUCGCUACGAUAUGGGUGUGGAGAGAUGUGUGAACUUGGAUGGCCUGACAGAAGCACAGAUUGAUAAGAAGCUGGAGGAGCUUGCCAAGGCCGGCUAG